UUUGCCAGUGUCCGGGACCCAUUUGGGAUUCUCUUGGUAGACAUGCUGGAAUGGUUUGCCUUUGCUUCAGGCCAUUUUCCAUCCGGGGAGACUGAAGCCCGCAGGGUGAAGGGACUUGGCUAGGGUCACCCAGCUAGCGAGUGUUCAGAUUCUGUUUGUGGAAGAAGAGCCUUCCUGCCCUGCAGGCCCUGCCCUCUGUUCCCGGGGUCAGCUGAGUGCUGCAGACAGAGCCGCCCCGACCCCCCCGGGUUUAGUCGUUAUCCCGGAGGAGAUUCUUAGGGAACCAAGUCCUGCUCUGCCUUCUGUGGCCUCUGCCCUGCCCCAGUAGGUGGGAGCCUUGAGGAAGAGGGAAUGGCUCCUGUGCUGACAGCCAGGCCCAGACAGGAACCAGUGACAUUCCAGGAUGUGGCUGUGGAAUUCACUUUGGAGGAGUGGAUACAUUUGAACUUAUCUCAGAAAAAGUUGUACAGGAAUGUGAUGCUGGAGAACUAUAGGAACUUGGUCUCUUUGGGAUUUGCAGUUUCCAAACCAGAUGUGAUCUACCAAUUGGAAAGAAAGGAAGCAUCUUGGAUGCCAGAGGCAGAUAUUCCAAGAAGCAGCUGUCCAGGGAGCAAAGGAUUUACUGAAGAGAAAUCUUAUGAAUGUAGUGAAUGUGGGAAUGCCUUUAGGAAUAAGACACAACUUACUGUGCAUCAGAGUAUUCAUACUGGAAAGAUUCUUUAUGAAUGUAAGGAGUGUGGGAAGGCUUUCAUCUACAACUCAGAACUUCGUCUACAUCAGAGAAUUCAUACUGGGGAGAAACCUUAUGAAUGUAGUGUAUGUGGGAAGGCCUUCAGGAGGAGGGCAAAUCUCAAUAUGCAUCAGAGAAUUCAUACUGGAGAGAAACCUCAUGAAUGUAGUGAAUGUGGGCUGGCCUUCAGGCGUAAGAUACAACUUACUGUGCAUCUCAGAGUUCAUCCUGGAAAGAUUCUUUAUGUAUGUAAAAAGUGUGGAAAGGCUUUCCACUACAAUUCAGAACUUAUAGAACAUCAAAGAAAUCAUAUGGGAGAGAAACCUUAUGAAUGUAGUGAGUGUGGGAAUGCCUUCAGGAGUAAAACACAACUUACAAUGCAUCAGAGAAUUCAUACUGGAGAGAAACCUUAUGAAUGUAAGGAGUGUGGGAAAGCUUUCUUAUACAACUCACACCUUGUUAAACAUCAAAGAAUUCAUACUGGAGAGAAACCUUAUGAAUGUAGUAAAUGUGGGAAGGCCUUCAGGAGGAAGGCAAAUCUUAAUAUGCAUCAGAGAAUUCAUACUGGAGAGAAACCUUAUGAUUGUAGUGCAUGUGGAAAGGCCUUCAAGAGGAAGUCAACUCUUAAUAUGCAUCAGAGAAUUCAUACUGGAGAGAAACCUUAUGAAUGUAGUGAAUGCAGCAUGGCAUUUAGGCUUAAGACUCAGCUUACUAUGCAUCAGAGAAUUCAUACUGGAGAGAAACCUUAUGAAUGUAGUUUAUGUGGAAAAACCUUCAAUAGGAAGUCAAAUCUUACUGUGCAUCAGAGAAUUCAUGUUGGUGAGAGUCUUUAUGAAUGUAAGGAGUGUGGGAAUGCUUUCCAUCAUAAGGCAGAUUUUAUAAAACAUCAAAGAAAUCAUCGGGGAGAGAAACCUUAUGAAUGUAGUGUUUGUGGGAAGACAUUUAGGAUGAAGUCACAUCUUAUUGUGCAUCAGAGAAUUCAUACUGGAGAGAAACCUUUUGAAUGUAGUGAAUGUGGGAUAGCCUUUAGGCGUAAGACAGAGCUUACUGUGCACCAGAGAAUUCAUACUGGAGAGAGUCUUUAUGAGUGUAAAGAGUGUGGGAAGACUUUCUUCUACAACUCAGUAUUUAUUCUACAUCAAAGAAUUCACACUGGAGAGAAACCUUAUGAAUGUAGUGAAUGUAAGAAGGCCUUCAGGAGUAAAACACAACUUAAUGUACAUCAGAGAGUUCAUCCUGGAAAGAUUCUAUAUGAAUGUAAAGAGUGUGGGAAGGCUUGCCAGUACAAUUCAGAACUUAUUCGACAUCAAAAAAUUCAUACUGGAGCUAAACCUUACGAAUGUAGUGAAUGUGGAAAGGCUUUCAUGAAUAAGAGAACACUUACUGUGCAUCAGGGCAUUCAUACUGGAGUGAAACCUUAUGAAUGUAGUGAAUGUAGGAAGGCAUUCAGGAGUAAGAUACAACUUACUUUUCAUCAGAGCGUUCAUACUGGAGAGAAACCUUAUGCAUGUAAUGUAUGUGGGAAGGCCUUCAGGAGGAAGCCACGUCUUACUAUGCAUCAGAGAAUUCAUACUGGAGAGAAACCUUAUGAAUGUAGUGAAUGUGGGAAGGCCUUUAGGAUUAAGGCACAUGUUACUGUGCAUAAGAGUAUUCAUACUGGAGAGAAACCUUAUGAAUGCAGUGUAUGUGGGAAGAUCUUUAAUAGGAAGUCAAAUCUUACUGUGCAUCAGAGAAUUCAUACUGGAGAGACACCUUAUGAAUGUAGUGAAUGCAGGAUGGCCUUCAGGUUUAAGAGACAGCUUACUGUGCAUCAGAGAAUUCAUACUUGAGAGAGACUUGAUGAAUGUAGUGAAUGCGGGAAAGUCUUUAUACAGAAUAUACAACUUUAUGUCCAUAAGAGAAUUCAUACUAGAGAUGUAUUUAAUGUAUGUAAAUGUAUGUGAUGUAUGUAAAUAUAUGUAAUGUAUAUAAAGAGUGGGAAGACAAUCACAAUUUAGAUUUUAUUGAACAUCAGAGAAUUCAUAGUGCUGAGGGUUCUUAUGAAUAUGGAAAGCCCUUCAGAAAUAAGCCAUGACUUACUGUGCAUCCAAGCAUUCGUACUGGAUAGAAACCUUAUGAAUGUAGUGAAUAUGGGAAGGCUUUCAGAAGUAAGACACAAUUUACUCCACAUUGAAAAUUCAUGUUGGGAAAAUUCUUUAUGAAUAUAAGGAAUGUGAAAAGGCCUUCUACUACAGCUCAGAAUUUAUUGGACAUCACAGUAUUCAUAUUGAAGAAAAACUGUAUGAAUGUAGUUUAUGGGGGCAUUCCUCCUGACUUUAGAACUUAUUCAACAUUAGAGAAUUGAUAUUGGAGAGACCUUAUGAAUGUAAUGAAUAUGGAAGAUCCUCUUACUGAAGACACAACUUAUUCAACAUUAAAGAAUCUAUUCUGGAGUGAGACCCUAUGUGUUAAGUAAUGCAUAUGGCAAGGAAUUUUGACUGAGGACACUUCUCUGAUGUCUAUCAGAGAAUUCAUGCUGUGUAGAAUCUUAGUGUGUGGGAAGAUUGUGUAGCUAUCUAGGCCAUUAUUCUGAAUCCUUAUAUGAAGUUCUAAGGGUCCUCAUUUAGGCACCCCUCCCCCAUUAAAGGAGAUAUCCCCUCUGUAGAGUCCUCUAAGGGAAAAAAGAUUAAUGUUAUCCUCCCAUGGACCUUCUGGAAUGGAGAGGAUUUGGUGGUUGAGCCAGAGGAUACUGAGUGGGUGGUGAUAUUGGGAGAGCCUUGAUAUUAACUUUGAUCCCUGGGAAGAUAGCAUGCAAGAGGCAUAUGGAUGAUGACUUGACCAUCAGAUGAGCCCGAUGUAUGAUAAGUACUUGUUGACUGUGCUUGAGGGAUGUGUCAUAAUCUGAGCUGUGUUCUGAUGUUGCUGGUGCUGCUUCUGCUCAUCAGGGUAGUCACUGAACUAUGAAGAUUUGGAAUCACAAUUUUUUAAAAGCCUAGUAAGGGUCUUUGGCAGAUAUUGAUGCUAUAUGCUUUCUAUCCAUUGUUCUGAAUAUAAAAGUGAAGGAAUUCAGUGAAGUGCCAGUGAACAGCAGCAAUAACGUUUACUCUUUUAAGGCUGCCUCAGGCCUUGUCAUCUAAUUGUUGUUGCUUUUUGUCCUUUGUUCACCAUGACAUUAAGGAGGUAAUGCCAUGCCAUGCAAGUGAGUUGUAUUUAAUUGAGGGAGGACUGUGCAAAGUCACCUUCCUCACUAUCUCCUCUGGAGCCACCUGGGUCUAGUGGCAAGAUAUGUAGACCAGGAUCUGCCCUGAAGUACACAGUAUUCACACUGGAGAGAAGCAAUACAACAGUAUUGGAAUACUAUUUUGCUGUUAGAAAUUAGAUGGCUUA